AUGCCUGUGUCAACUUCUGGAGAAGAGGAUGACGUGCCGUUGCCAGUAUUUUCUCGCCGUAGGCAUACAAUUAAAACUGAGGAUGAUGAUGAGUAUGUUGCACCGAAGGUGAGUAGGAAAAGAGAGGAGAAGGAAAAAAAUGAUUCCGAGGAUGAAAUUGUAUUAUACAGCAAGCGGAAGCGACAGUCAAAAGAUAAAGGAGAUAAGAGACGUAAAUUGAAGAAGGUGAAGAAAGAGACUAAAGUGAGGGAAGGGGUUAAAGAGAAGAGAGUAGAGAAAGAGAGUAAAGUGAAGAAAGAGAAGAAAGUAAAGAAAGAGAGUAAGGAGAGUACAAUGAAGAAAGAGAGUAAAGUAAAGAAAGAGAGUAAAGUGAAGAAAGAGAUCAAAUUGAAGAAAGAAGAACAGAUCAAAGAAGAAGUUGAUCUCUAUAAAUGGUGGGAAAAUCAAGAUGAUUUCGAUGGAGAAAUCAAGUGGCAUACGUUGGAACAUCAUGGUGUCAUUUUUCCUCCCGAGUACAAGACAUUGCCGAAAAGUGUGAGAUUAAUAUAUGGUGGAGAACCUGUAAGUUUACCGCCCGCUGCAGAAGAGGUUGCGGGAUUCUUUGGGGCGAUGAUUGGCACAGAGAAUGCCAAAAACCCUGUUUUUCAGAAGAAUUUCUUUCAUGAUUUUAUUGAGGUGUUGAAAGAGAAUGGAGGAUGUCCGGAGGCUGAAAUUAAAGAGUUCGAUAAGUGUGAUUUCAGUAAGAUGUAUGCCUAUUUUGAAAAGGAAAGAGAAAAGAAAAAGGCCUUACCUCCUCAAGAAAGGAAAAGGGUUCGAGAUGAAAGGCUCAAGAGUGAAGAAAAGUACAAAUAUUGUCUUUUGGAUGGUCGUAAAGAACAGGUGGGUAACUUUCGAAUCGAGCCUCCAGGUUUAUUCAGAGGUCGUGGUGCACAUCCAAAAACAGGUAAACUCAAAAGGCGAGUUUACCCUGAGCAAGUAUCUUUAAACCUCGGUAAGAGUGCUCCUGUUCCUUCUCCACCGAGGGGACAUAAGUGGGGAGAGAUUAGGCAUGAUAAUACAGUUGCGUGGCUUGCAAUGUGGAGAGAAAAUAUCUCCAACUCUGUUAAAUAUGUUCGUUUUGCCAAUAAUUCUACUCUUAAAGGAGUCAGUGACUUUAAAAAGUUCGAGAAGGCUCGUGCUUUGAAGAAUUAUAUUGAUGCCAUCAGAACAGAUUAUCGAAAGAAGUUGAAGUCUCGAUUAAUGAUUGAAAGGCAGAUAGCCACUGCGACCUAUCUGAUAGAUGUAUUUGCACUCAGAGCAGGAGGAGAGAAGUCGGAGGAUGAGGCAGAUACUGUUGGUUGUUGUUCUUUAAGAUAUGAGCACGUGUUCCUGAAGCCUCCCAAUGUUGUUAUUUUUGACUUUCUAGGAAAAGAUAGUGUUAGAUUUUAUCAGGAGGUGGAAGUGGACAUGCAAGUGUUCAAGAAUCUUCGUAUUUUCAAGAAGGAACCGAAAAAACCGGGAGAUGAUCUAUUUGAUCGUUUGGAUCCAUCGAUAUUGAACAAAUAUUUCCAUAGCUAUCUUCCAGGAUUGACUGCUAAGGUUUUCCGUACCUACAAUGCAUCUAAGACAAUGCAGGAGCAAUUGGAUUUAAUUCCAAAUAAGGGUACAGUGAAUGAGAAAGUUGUUCAGUUCAAUGCUGCCAACAGAGAGGUUGCCAUUCUAUGUAAUCAUCAACGUAAUGUGAGUAAAGGAUUCGAAGCAGGGGUUCAAAAGAUGAACGAGAAGAUUGAAGAAAUGCAAUGGAGGAAGAUUCGUUUGAAGAGAAUACUUCUUCAGAUGGAAAAGAAGUUGAAGAAGAAGAAGGGUGAUUAUUUCGUAGAGAUUGAUGAAUUGUCGAAGGAAACUGAGAAAGAGAUUGUGGAAAGGGUUCUAGAGAAUGAGAAAGAACGGGACGAAAAGCGCUAUACCAGGGAAAAGCAGAAGUUGGACUGGGAUAAGAAGAAGUUAAGUAAGGAAGAGUACAAGCAAAAAUCAGAAGCAUUGAAGGAGGAUAGGAAGAAGCGAGCAGAAAAAUUCAAGGAGAAGUCUAAGCAGCUGAAGGCUGAAGCUAGAAGUCAUAAGUAUGAACUAAAAGGUUCUAUGACGGUGGAGAAGAUUGAGAAACAGGUGGAGAAGUUGGAGGAAAGAAUCACCAACACCAAUCUUCAACGAAAGGAUAAAGAAGAUAAUUCUACGGUUGCACUAUCAACAUCCAAGGUUAACUACAUAGAUCCUCGUUUAACGGUGAUGUUUUCCAAGAAAUUUGAUGUUCCUAUAGAGAAACUGUUUACGAAGGCACUAAGAGAGAAAUUUGCAUGGGCAAUAGAGAGUGCAGAUGCGGAGUGGAGGUUUUGA